AUGUCAUUGUACAUGUUUGGAGGCUCGUCGUUAGCCGAGGUGACGUUCGGGAGGUUCCGCAAGGCGCCAAAACGUGCCCCCAUACCAUUAUCAACAGACACACACAAAGUCGAUGUUUAUAUCGACGUAUUUGACAGUUCGGGUUCUGCCAACGUCGUAGAGGCCUCAGGAGCAACUCACUCAAACGCCGUUUUAUUAAAUAGUUCGGGUCAAAUUAUUGGUAAAUCGAUAGGACCGAGCACAAAUCACUAUUGCAUUGGGAUGUCAGAAUGCCGGAAGCGGAUUGACGAUAUGAUUAAUGACGCCAAAAAGGAAGCCGGUCUUUCUUUGGAUACACCCAUUGACGCACUGGGUCUAAGUUUAAGCGGCUGUGAACAAGAAGCAUCCAAUAAGGAAAUUGUCAACGGCCUCUUCGAAAAAUAUCCAAACCUAAGUAGAAAAUAUGUGAUAGCCAGCGACACAGACGGAUCUGUAGCUGCCAUUUCAAAUAAAGGUGGUGUGGUGUGCAUAGCUGGAACCGGAUCCAACACGGUUUUGAUCAAUCCUGAUGGCAACAAAGUACAAUGUGGAGGAUGGGGACAUAUUUUGGGGGAUGAAGGAAGCGCGUGGAAAAUAGCUCACACAGCCAUUAAAUAUUGUUUCGACCAGCUGGACAACUUUUCCACGAGUCCACAUCCCAUAGAUCGGAUAUGGGACGAAACCAAAGCCUACUUCCAAAUGGAGACUCAAGCGGACCUUCUGAACGCUUUCUACCUGAACUUUGACAAAGCGAUGAUCGCGAAACUGUGCAAAAGAAUAUCGGAGUUGGCAGACGAGGGUGACGAACUGUCCAAAAAGAUUUUUAGGGACGCCGGGCGCGAUUUGGCUAAAAUGAUUUCAGCCGUCAUCGGUAAAGCUUCAAACGAGUUGACUGAAAGGGAAGGUGGCAUCCAGAUACUCUGCGUUGGUUCGGUUUGGUUGAGUUGGAAAUUGCUGAAACCUGGGUUUAUUGGAUAUUUAAAUGACAACACAAGUGUGACAGAGUUGACUUUGGGAAAGUUGACGACUUCUUCAGCUGUUGGAGCAGCUUUGAUGGCUUCAGACAAGUUGAACAUCCCUAUUAAUAGGGAUUAUUCCAAGAAUUAUGAGGUAUUCUAUAUAUACCAAAAGGCGGAAAAAUAAGUUUUUAUUUUUAUUAUUAUUCAUGUAAGUG